GGAAGGAAGGAAGGAAGGAAGGAAGGAAGGAAGGAAGGAAGGAAGGAAGAAAGGAAGGAAGGAAAGAGGAAGAGAGGCCAAGAGGAGAGGAUGAACCAAGCCCAGAGCCUGCUGAUCGAGGGCCUGACCAGCACCAAGCACGUGGCCCACGCCGCCAUCAUCAAGAUAGACGACGGGAGCAUCCUGGCGUCCACGCCGGGGUUCGGCAUCCAGAGCCAGGCCCAGACGUUCAUCCAGGCCUUCCUCCAAGACCUGCUCGAGAUCCGCCGGGAAGGGCUCUACUUCAAGGACCACUACUACAAGUGCGUGCGGGCGGACGACAACGCCAUCUACCUCAAAGGGAAAGACUACGGACUCAUCUUGGUCAAGACCCGGUCGCUGGUUCUGGUGGGGACCUACUGCCAAGGCAUGUACCCCAGCGUCUGCGUGGAAGCCUUGGAGAAGCUGGCCGACUACUUCCGGGAGAAGGGCAACUGAAGGCCUCCAAGAAGGUCUCAAAGAUGGUCUGGAUGGAGAAGCAGAGAGAGGCCCAGAUCUCGGCCAGAACUCUGAUUGAGGGCCUGACCAGAAAACAAACACAUGGCCCACGCCACCAUCAUCAAGAUAGGCGACGGAAACAUCUUGGUGACCACGCCAGGCUUCAGCAUCCAGAGUCACACCAAGACCUACUCAAGAUCCGACGGGAAGGGCUUUACUUCAAGUGGACACCUUGGUGUUCAUCCAGGCCUUCUUCCAAUAUCUGCUCGAGAUCCGACGGGAAGGGCUCUACUUCAAGAACCAGUACUACAAGUGUGUGUGGGCAGACGACAACACCAUCAUCUUGGUCAAGAUCUGAUCGUUGGUCUUGGUGGGGACCUACUGCCAAGGUAUAUACCCCAGUGUCUGCGUGGAAGCCAUGGAGAAGUUGGCCAACUACUUCCAGGAAAAGGGCAACUGAAGGCCUCCAGAGAAGAUCUUGAAAAUGCUAUGGAUGGAGAAACAGAGAGAGGCUCAACUCUCGGCCAGAACUCUGAUCGAGGGCCUGACCAGAACCAAACUCAUGAUCCACAUCGCCAUCAUCCAGAUAAGAUGAUGGAAGCAUCUUGGCGACCACACUGGGCUUCAGCAUCCAGAGCCCAGCAUCUGCGUGGAAGCGGUGGAGAAGUUGGCCAACUACUUCCAGGAGAAGGGCAACUGAAGGCAUCUGGAGAAGGUCUCGAAGAUGCUCUGGAUGGAGAAUCCAGAAGAGAAGCAGAGAGAGGCCCAGCUUUCGGCCAGAACUCUGAUUGAGGACCUGACCAGCACCAAACUCGUGGCCCACACCGCCAUCAUCAAGAUAGACGACAGAAACAUCUUGGUGACCACGCCAAGCUUCGGCAUCCAGAGCCACACCUUGGUGUUCGUCCAGGCCUUCCUUUAAGAUUCGACAGGAAGGACUCUACUUCAAGAACCUCAAAGAUGGUGCCAUUAAGGUCUGGAUGGAGGAGUCAGAAGAGAAGCGGAGAGAGGUCCAACUCUUGGUCAGAACUCUAAUUGAAGGCCUGACCAGCACCAAACUCGUGGCCUACACCACCAUCAAGAUAGACGACGGAAACAUCUUGGUGACCACACUAGGCUUCGGCUUCCAGAGCCACACCUUGGUGUUCAUCCACGCCUUCCUUUAAGAUUCGACAGGAAGGACUCUACUUCAAGGACCUCGAAGAUGGUGCCAUUAAGGUCUGGAUGGAGGAGUCAGAAGAGAAGCGGAGAGAGGUCCAACUCUCGGCCAGAACUCUGAUCGAGGGCCUGACCAGCACCAAACACAUGGCCCACGCCGCCAUCGACUUCCAGGAAAAAAGCACCUGAAGACCUCUGGAGAAGACCUUGAAGAUGGCGCCAUUAUGGUCUGGAUGGAGAAGCAGAUCGAGAAAUCUCAGCCCGAACUCUGGAUCUUUCCGAACCUAACUUGACGAAACGUUGCACAUGCUGACUUUCUGGUAAUCCUGUGCAAGAACUGGUCUCCCUCAUUCCAUCAGAAUAAACAUACGGUGCCUGACACACA